UUCCUAGCGCGUCGGUUCAGUUCAGUCCAGUGGACUCAACAACACCAGAAGGACUCAGUUUCGAAUUGGCAAUUCUGAAAUUUCGACAAGUGUUUUUCGAGCGGCGCGAAACAACAACAAGUGAUAUACUUACUCUAGCUGAAUGUCUGAGAAAGAGUUUUUUUUGAAAAGUGUUGGUUGAUUAUUUUCCAAGUUUUUUUCGAGUGUUGGCCAGUGCAUUGGACCCAUUUCAUCUCGCUCCUGUUUUUUUUUUCAAAAAAGCACCUUCAGCAAAUCAAGUCAAGACAUGCCAAGGGAAGCUAAGACAGUCUUAUGAUGAGCUUGCUGGUGGUCAAGGAAAGCUGCGAGCGGAUCGCCGACAUCAGCAUUAGCCAAGAGCAAUAUACCGAUUCCCAUCGACAUCUGAACCGAGUAGCCAAUCAUCGCAAGCUGGCGCAACUCGAGAUUGCGGCAGGUGGAUCUGCACUGGGAACGGGACUGGGAGGCUCCGGCACGGGGUCGGGAACCGGAGGAGGAUGUGGUCCAGCUCUUCGCUGGCAGUUGCUCCUACUCCUGCUGCUCUGCAACUGCAUCGAUCUUACCGUUUCGAACAAAAUCUCCUCAGUGGGCGCCUUCGAGCCGGACUUUGUGAUUCCGCUGGAGAACGUGACCAUAGCCCAAGGUCGGGACGCGACCUUCACGUGCGUGGUGAACAACCUCGGGGGUCAUCGGGUGAGUGGUGACGGUUCGUCAGCCCCAGCCAAGGUCGCCUGGAUUAAGGCCGAUGCCAAGGCAAUCCUGGCCAUACACGAGCACGUGAUAACCAACAAUGAUCGAUUAUCGGUGCAGCACAACGACUACAACACAUGGACGCUCAACAUACGCAGCGUCAAAAUGGAGGAUGCCGGCAAAUACAUGUGUCAAGUCAACACGGAUCCCAUGAAGAUGCAGACCGCCACCCUAGAAGUGGUCAUCCCGCCAGACAUCAUCAACGAAGAAACCUCUGGAGAUAUGAUGGUUCCAGAGGGUGGAUCCGCCAAACUCGUAUGUCGAGCUCGUGGUCAUCCCAAACCCAAGAUCACGUGGCGACGCGAGGACGGAAGGGAGAUCAUUGCCCGCAACGGUUCGCACCAGAAAACGAAAGCACAAUCGGUGGAGGGCGAAAUGCUGACGCUGUCAAAGAUCACGCGAUCGGAAAUGGGCGCCUACAUGUGCAUCGCCUCCAAUGGAGUGCCGCCGACGGUUAGCAAGCGGAUGAAGCUACAGGUGCACUUUCAUCCGCUGGUGCAAGUGCCAAAUCAAUUGGUCGGCGCCCCGGUCCUCACGGAUGUCACAUUAAUUUGCAAUGUCGAGGCAUCGCCGAAGGCUAUCAAUUAUUGGCAGCGCGAGAAUGGUGAAAUGAUUAUUGCCGGCGAUCGUUACGCGCUCACCGAAAAGGAGAAUAAUAUGUAUGCCAUUGAGAUGAUUCUGCACAUCAAGCGGCUGCAGACAAGCGAUUUCGGUGGCUACAAGUGCAUCUCGAAGAACAGCAUCGGCGACACCGAGGGCACCAUCCGACUUUAUGAAAUGGAGCGUCCCGGCAAGAAAAUCCUUCGCGACGAUGAUCUCAACGAAGUGUCGAAGAACGAGGUGGUGCAAAAGGACACGCGCAGCGAGGAUGGGUCACGCAACCAGAACGGAAGGCUCUACAAGGAUAGGGCUCCGGAUCAGCACCCGGCCAGCGGGAGUGACCCGCUCCUCGUCCGUGGGACAAUGCAGCUAAUCGGGACAUUUCUAUUAGCUUUAUUGGUAUUAUUAGCGGCGAUGGCGAGAGCCGGGCCCACAUUGUCCUGCCGCACAAAAGGUGGCGGACAAAAGAAGGCCAAGGAAACGAGUUUGAAUGGGCAGAAGGAUGAGGACGAGGUCAUGGAUGGCCAGGCGGAAAAGUGGAGGAUGUGCUGGCAGAGAUCAACGCGGAGUUGGAGACGGGCAGAGUUGGCAGAGUCGGCAGAGUAAGAUUAUUAUAGCUUAAUUCAAUUGUAAUUAUACAAACAAGAUUAUGAUGCAAAAGACCCCGGCCCCACCACCCGUUUUCAUGCCCACAAGCACACAAGCCAGGAAAAAGAGAGCAUUAAUCAAUGGGGAUGUCGAGGAUGCCACCCCUAGGGCUAAUCAUCUACGCCCAUGCUAAUUGCAAACUUAGGAGGGGGGGCAGCAAGAAGGGGACAGGGCUAAUUGAAUGCAUAUUAAAUCAAAAGGAGGAAGGAGAAACUAAAGUGUCGUAUUUAAGUGGAAAAUAAAACGCGUUUAAAUGUUACCUCGUUAGUGGAAAAUGAUGAAAUGGAUGAAAAGCAAACCCCAGCCCCACAAAAGAAAAAUAAACUAUAAACAAUAUCGAGAUUAAAUGGUGUUCGGUUCUUUAAAAUGGCUUUAGCUACUCCGAACUAAACAAAAAGUACGACUGUAAAAGGGUAUUUACGUACUAUAAAUAAUUAAUACGGUAAUGACAUUGAUACGGAUAUUUCUAUAUGUCUAAAUAUUAAGUGAAGUUAUUUUGCUAUUAUUCAAGCAUUAAUUCGUUGGGUUUUCUGGAAGAAACAUAAAUAUCUAUAUGUAUUAAGUGUUUAAUCAAGAGUUCUGUAUAUACAUAUAUUUAAGGCCAGCUCAAAGAGACGGAAAUUUUGUGGCUAAAAAGAAAAUGUUUAGACGAUCUUUGCAAACCGUAAACUGUAAAUAUUUACCCUUAGUGAUCUUGACAUAUUUCGUUAAAAAAAAAAAAAAUGAUUAUUGUCAUAAACCCUUUUGUUGUCAUUCGUUGUCGUUCUCAUGGCUCAAAAGACUAAUUGCGGACCCUAGACUUAAGCCAAUUUUGGAAUUCCUUAAAAGUGUGCGUGUGAGUUUUAGCUUAACAUUCAAUACUAUUACUAGAAAACUAAUAAACCUUUAUUAGAUUUGUGAACAAAUUGUACCUUCACAAGACAAAAUUUCUACAUUCCCGAUAGAUACCAUUGCCAGAAUUAACUUCGACAUUUCGACAUAAAUUUAUGUUUUUGCAAAUUUAAUAUUGUUUAAAUUACUUGUAUUAUUAAAUUUUAAGCUCCCCGAAUUGAAUAAGGAAUGUUUUUUCCGUUUUUGUAAACGUUUGCUGGCCAGAAAAUUAUACAUGUACAAUUGUUAGAAUUCCUUUAAAUUGAUAUAUUUUUCUUUACUGUAUGGCUAAUAGUUUAUAAUUUUCUUUAAAAACAUCGCUAGAGAAUAAAUAUAUUUUUUGGGCACUCAAAAUUCCGUGUCAAGACCUUGUGAUUUCCAUUUACUACAUCCAGACUCACACACACACCAAAACCACCCAUAGUCCCCACGUAUAUGUAUAUUUAAUACUGAUGUGUGCGUGUUCAGCUCAAUUCCAUGUUUAAAUAUAAUGUAAAUCAAAGAAAAGGAAAUCAGAAGAAGCAGAAAUAAGUGUGCCAAAAGCAUCAAAAGCAACUCGCAAUAAAGAAAUGUGUGCGGCGAAAGUAAACAGAGGUAAAUACCAAAGUAAAAUGUGUGUGUUCAUAUCCGAAGAAAUACUGUAAUACCCAAACAUAUGUAUAAUCCGCAUAUCCAACUCCGCUCCCCAAAAAAUCCGGCUAGUAAAAAUUAUUUGAACGCUGACUACUCAGAUGUACUCUGACUCAUAUACGUACCAAAAAUAAGAAAUGUAUGCAAAGGGAAAAUAGGGAAGGAAUACAUUUUAAAUAUAAUGAUAUAUGAAUAAAAUAAAAUUAAUUAAAUAUAGGGAAUAUUUUUUUUUUUUUGCGGGUACGACAGUGUAACGUAAUCGCCUAGCAAAUCAAAGUUACGUUUAGUCUACACGAGUAAGGCAAAUGAAAAUAAUUUAUUUAAACAAACGAAAUCCCAGGCGAUGACGUUGUUAAAAAGAAAAUUAAAAUUAGUGGAAAUUGCAGGCGGAAAAAGACAAAAGGCAAACUAAACUAUAGUAAAACCUAAGAAAUAACAAACUAAGCCAGAAAACCAUUCAAAUCAUAAAGCAUUUAAUGUCUACGCUACAGCCAUACAAAGAUAAACCAUAAACAAAAAUAUAUAAAAAUAUUUGACAACUACAUAUGCAAUGCAAUGCGAAUAUCCAACAAUUUCAAGAUGUAAAACCCAAAAACGAAAGUUUGCUGCGUAAUAAUGCGAAAUUCCACGACUCUCCAACAACAAACUAAAAAAAAAUAUAAUAGCGUUUAGUUGGAUUUGUGUUUAUGUACAUAAGAAAUGAGCGAAAAUAAAUAUUUGUACUGUAAAAUCUGAUUAUACAACUGAAUAUUCCAAAACGCGCAAUCGAAAAAACCCCCCAAAAAAAAAGAAAGAAAAAAAAUGAAAAAUAAAGAGAAAUACCUAUGGAAACCUAAUAAGCUUACAAUCAA